AACAACUGCACGAGCUUCAUUCAGACUCUGCUGACUCGUCUUUCUCCCUCUUUCACUCGCUUGUGUGCACACACACACACACAGACACACACACACACGCAGCUGUUUGGUUACACUUCCUCUUCACUGACUUCGUUGUUGUUUGUCCUCUGAGGAACUUCCUCUUCUGUCUCCUUGUCUCUAGCAGCGAUACGUCUUUUCUCUUUGUCUCUGAGUCUCUGGACCUGGACCUGGAGGAUCGACGGUAAUGGAAGAAACAGGAGCUGGAGCAGAACCAGAACCAGGUUCUGGAGCAGAACCAGAACCAGGACAAGGAGCAGAACUAAGAAGGAACCCGACUCACACAGACGCUUUGGCUUCAGGUUGCCCCUCUCUGACGACUCAGCAGCUUCAGGAGAACGUCCGGGUGGUGAAGCGGCGGCACCGCCCCGAGAGGCUGAUGUUUGAAAUCCCUUCAGCUCGGAUCAUCGACCAGGUUCUGAGCAAACAUGUGGUGUACCAGGUGGUGCUGAUGCGCUCGGGCAGGUUCGAUUCCCGCCGUGUUUCAGUCGAGCGCCGCUACAGCGACUUUUCCCGCCUGCACCACGCGCUGCAGCGGGAGUUCCGGGACGAGCUGGAGGACCUGAUUCUGCCCCCGAAGCUGCUGAGCCGGAACUUCUGCCCCCACGUCAUCGCUGAGCGACGCGUGGCGCUGCAGGACUAUCUGUCCGAGGUGUCCCGCGUGCGCUGCGUGAGCCGCUGCGGGCUGUUCCCCGCGUUCUUCACGGAGCAGGAGCAGAGGCGCGGCCACGCGCUGCUGCGCGCGGGGCAGUUCGAGGCGGCGCGGCAGCAGCUGCAGGAGGUGCUGGUGAUGGAGGAGAAGCUGUUACCGUGGCAGAGCGCCACCCUCCUCGUGCCCACCCUCUCCGCCCUGGCCGUGUGCCACCGGGACCUGGAGGAGCCGGAGCACGCGCACGACGCGGCGCUGCGGGCUCUGCCUGCGGUCCGGCGCUACGGACUGAAGCGCCACAGGGCGGCGCUGUUGAGCCUGCUGGUGGAUGUGGGGUACGAGCUGGGGCGUCCGGUGGCCCAGUUCCAGGAGGAGCUGAGCCGGCUGAGGGACGCGGAGCGAGGGGGGGUGUCCUCCUGCUCCCUGAAAGAGCUGGUGGUGCAGGAGUUCAUCUGA